CCCACGAUAACCCCGAGCGGCGCGCAGAGGCUAUCUCCGGAGAUCGACCGAGCUCCAAAUUCCUCUCCCAUGGCGUCUCCUAUGUAACCUCCAUAAUCCUAGCCAACUGCUAAACCCUACCACUCAAUCAGUAUUAGGUCCAAAAUAAUAAUAAAUAAAAAAUCAUCCCUUUCCCCGUAAAUCGGAGAAUUGAAUCGCAAUUUGAAAUUCAGUAGGUAAUCGUCUUGCCGGGAAAGGAAUAAAUUUGCGGAGGGAAUGGGGAACAAGAUCGCCCGGACGACGCAAGCAUCGGCGACGGAGUACUAUCUUCACGAUUUGCCGUCUUCGUACAACUUGGUGCUCAAGGAAGUGCUGGGGAGGGACCGAUUCUUAAAAUCCAUACUCUGCAAGCACGACGAGGGUUUGGUGCUUGUCAAGGUCUACUUUAAACGUGGCGACUCAAUUGUUUUGCGCGACUACGAGCGCCGCCUCUCUCGAAUUCGAGAAAUCUUCUCCAAACUCGAUCGCCCCCACGUCUGGCCGUUUCAGUUUUGGCUUGAAACAGAUAAAGCUGGUUAUUUAGUGAGGCAAUACUUCUUCAACAAUCUUCAUGAUCGAUUGAGUACCCGACCUUUCCUUAGUCUCGUGGAAAAGAAAUGGCUAGCUUUUCAGUUGCUUUAUGCUGUGAAACAGUGUCAUGAGCAUGAAGUGUGUCAUGGUGACAUUAAAUGUGAGAACGUCUUGGUCACUUCCUGGAACUGGCUCUAUCUUGCUGAUUUUGCAUCAUUUAAGCCCACUUAUAUCCCGUAUGAUGAUCCCUCUGAUUUUUCAUUCUUCUUUGAUACUGGUGGAAGAAGACGGUGUUAUGUUGCACCUGAGAGGUUCUAUGAGCAUAAAGGAGAGAUAGAAGUGGCACAAGAUGCACUCCUGAAACCCUCUAUGGACAUCUUCUCUGUAGGGUGUGUGAUUGCUGAGCUUUUUCUUGAAGGCCAACCAUUGUUUGAACUCUCUCAAUUGCUCUCCUAUCGAAGAGGACAAUAUGAUCCUACUGCAAAUCUGGAAAAGAUUCCAGAUUCAGGCAUCCGGAAAAUGAUUCUUCAUAUGAUUCAAUUGGAUCCAGAGUCUAGAUAUCCUGCUGAGACCUACCUGCAAAACUUUGCGAGCGUCGUCUUUCCUAAUUAUUUCUCGCCAUUCCUUCAUAAGUUUUAUUCCUUGCUAAAUCCUUUGAGUUCUGAUGCAAGGGUUCUAGCAUGUGAGACUUCUUUCAGGGAAAUAAUUAGACAAAUGAUGGGUCACCGAGCAGAACAGGAUAUGAUAUUUAAAACAGAAGUUUACGAUGAUAGAAGUAAACUUCCACAAACAGCUGAUACUAUGCAGAAUCCCAAUAGAGCAGGUACGUCUAAGGAUGAAGAACAGGGGACGAAGAAAAGCCCAAUUCAUGAUCAAUUUGAUCUUCUGGGUAAUGUGAAUAACCUGGUCGGGGAUGCAAAGCAAAACAAUGAUCAUUUCAAUAUGAACUCUGUGACAAAUUAUGUGGCGAAGUCUGUACAUGGUCAAAAUCAGAACCUAUAUGGUUUGCAAUCUCCUGAUGAGUUGAUUCAAAGAAUUUCCAAGAUAUUUCAGAGAAGUCGCCAUCCUUUCUUGAAAAAAAUUGCAGUGGAAGACUUAAGCUUAUUGAUGUCUAAUUACAACAAUCAAUCAGAUACUUUUGGAAUGCCUAAUCUACCAGUACCUCAGGAUAUCUUGAACUGUGAGGGGAUGGUAUUGAUUGCUUCUCUUCUUUGCUCCUGCAUUCGUAAUGUCAAAGUCCCUUUUAUAAAGAGAGCAGCUGUCCUUCUGCUAAAAGCUUGCUCUCUGUACAUUGAUGACGAAGAUCGAUUGCAGCGCAUCCUUCCUUAUAUUAUAGCUACACUUUCAGAUCCUACUGCCAUUGUUCGCUGUGCAGCAUUGGAGACACUGUGUGACAUUCUUCCUCUUGUCAGAGAUUUUCCUCCAAGUGAUGCCAAGAUAUUCCCAGAAUAUAUUCUUCCAAUGCUUUCCAUGCUUCCCGAUGACUCCGAGGAAAGUGUGAGAAUAUGCUAUGCCAGCAAUAUAUCGAAAUUGGCACUGACGGCCUAUGGGUUUCUUAUACACUCAAUAAGCUUGACUGAGGCAGGGGUUCUUAAUGAGUCUAACUUAGCCUUGAAGCCUUCAACUCCUGCUACCGACCCUUCUGGAGAGCCACAGGAAGUGAAUAAUAAUGCACAACUGAUACACUUGAGAAAGUCAAUUGCAGAGGUCAUUCAAGAACUUGUGAUGGGACCAAAGCAAACUCCAAACAUAAGGAGAGCACUUCUGCAGGAUAUUGGCAAUCUUUGCUGGUUUUUUGGACAGAAGCAGAGUAAUGACUUUUUGCUACCUUUCCUCCCUGCUUUUCUUAACGAUCGCGAUGACCUGCUAAGGGCUGUUUUUUAUGGGCAAAUAAUCUAUGUCUGUUUCUUUGUGGGGCAGCGAAGUGUAGAGGAAUAUCUUUUACCUUACAUUGAGCAGGCACUAAACGAUACUUCUGAGUCUGUCAUUGCUAAUGCAUUAGAUUGUUUGGCGAUUCUCUGCAGAAGUGGUUUCCUGCGGAAGAGGAUAAUACUUGAAAUGAUAGAACAUGUUUAUCCUUGCCUAUGUUAUCCCAGCAAUUGGGUGAGGAGCUCAGCUGUAGCAUUUAUUGCAUCUAGUAGUGGGAGCUUAGGUGCAGUUGAUUCCUAUGUGUUUCUGGUGCCAGUCGUACGCCCCUUUUUACGGAGACAGCCAGCAUCCUUAGCCUCAGAAAAAGCACUUAUUGGGUGUCUGAAACCACCACUCUCUAGAGAACUAUAUUGUCAUGUUUUGGAAAAUGGGAGAAGUUCAGACAUGCUAGAGAGACAGAGAAAGAUUUGGUAUAAUACAUCACCGCCUGACCAACUUGAAGCUGCAGACUUACUUCAGAAAACUGCUAGAGAGUUGGAUCCAAAAUGUUGGUCGAAGGAGCAAAAUAAUAACCCGUCCCAAACCAGUAUCACAGGGGAGCACCUGGACUCAACUAAUUCCGAUGAUUAUGCAGGCAAAUACAAAGCUACGGGAAAUCUACCACCAAAUAUGUUAAGUAAAGAAGAAGCUCGUAAUCAUAUGGCAACGGAAAAGUCUCAACUGUCAGGAUUUAUGUCACCUCAAAUGAGUUGCAUGAACAGCUUUAUUGAUAAAUCAUCAGAAAGCAUACCCUUGUACUACUUUAAGGUUAACGACAAACGAGUUUCUGGCACUACUGCACCUGCUUCUGAUCCUUCUUCAUUGUACAAUUCUUUGGGUUUCGGUGCUUCCUCUAUGCCUUGGAUGGAUCCAAUAAACCAAUCAUUUAGUUUGGCUAGCUCAACACCAGCUCCAAAGCUUUUCUCAGCGUCACUUUAUGUUGGUAGUGGCCCUACACUAUUGAGGAGAGUUGUGCAUGAAGAAGAUGACCGAGAAGCCAAUGAAACACCUUAUGUCAGAAGCAGAUAUCAUGAAAUGAGAUUACCAGACAGAAUUAAAGGGAGCCCCUUAAUAGCUGACGCUCAUCCAUCGAAUGAGGCAACACAAACGUCACCAUUGGCAUGGUCAUCCACCCUUCCUGAUUCAGGGUGGAGGCCGCGAGGGGUGUUGGUUGCUCACCUUCCCGAGCAUAGAUCUGCUGUCACUGACAUAUCCAUUUCAUUGGAUCAGCAGUUUUUUGUCAGUGCAUCUGAGGACUCUACAGUGAAGAUAUGGGAUUGCAAAAAACUGGAAAAGGACAUCACAUUUCGAUCUAGGCUGACCUAUUCUUUGGAUGGCAGCCGGGCAAUGUGUGUUGCAGUACUUCAAGGCUCUACUCAAGUUGCUGUUGGGGGGAGCGACGGAGUGAUGCAUUUGUUUUCUGUCGAUCACAUCUCUAGAGGACUUGGUAAUGUUGUUGAAAAUUAUUCAGGCAUUGCUGAUGUGAAAAGGAUAGGUAUUGGAGAAGGAGCUAUACUGAGCCUCUUAAAUUACUCUGCUGAUGGUAAUACUAGCAAAAUGCUUCUCUAUAGCACACAAAACUGUGGGAUUCACCUCUGGGAUAUAAGAACAAGAUCAAGUGGUUGGAAUACAAAAGUUCUUCCGGAAGAGGGUUAUAUAUCUUCUUUGGUGGCAGACCCUUGCGGUAAUUGGUUUGUAUCUGGAUCAUCUAUUGGUGUGCUUACUUUGUGGGAUCUAAGAUUUUGCAUACCUGUGAAUUCAUGGAACCAUUCUCCUGCUUCCCCUAUCAAAAAGAUUUGUCUUUUUGUUCCUCCUCCUGGUACUUCCUUCUCUACAACCUCAAGGCCACUUGUCUAUGUUGCAGCGGGACGUAAUGAAGUUUCUCUUUGGGAUGCAGAAAAUGGGAGCUGUCACCAGGUAUUGAGGGCAGCCAAUCCUGAAUCUGAUGCUGAUAAUUGUGAGCCAUCAUGGGCACCUGCCAGAUCAUCUGCCAAGAUUAACACUAAAACAGAUCUAAGGCGAACUAUGGCUUCAAUGUACCGAAUUGACGAGCUGAAUGAGUCCUCUGUACAUAUUCCUGGUGUUCAUGCUUUGCUCCCAUUACCUGGUGGUGAUAUUCUGACAGGUGGAUCAGAUUUGAAAAUUCGCCGGUGGGAUCAUUCUAGACCCGAACGGAGCUAUUGUGUAUGUGGACCUUCUAUCAAAGGAUCUAGCAAUGACGAUUUAUAUGAGACGAAAUCUAGCUUUGGAGUGCAAAUUGUGCAGGAAUCAAAAAGACGGCCUCAGGCUACACGAUUGAGUGCCAAGGCAAUUCUUGCGGGUGCUACGACAGAUUCUGCAGGGUGCCAUCAUGACUCCAUACUCUCAUUGGCCUCUGUCAAACUGAACCAGAGGCUUCUGAUAUCGAGCAGCCGAGAUGGAGCUAUAAAAGUUUGGAGGUAAAGAAUUCGACACUUGUUCAAACGUACAUAUGUUUAUUCAUGGCUCUUAGUGUGUAUAUAUCAGUAUAGGAAGACAGACACACCUACAUUAUUGCAUCGAAUAUCAACAAUGCUGAAUAUACGCAAGCACGCUCGUGCAAUAUUAAG